GUGUUUGACGACUGUAUCUUUGCGUUUUUCGCGGUGGAGAUGGUCAUUAAGAUGGUGGCUCUGGGGAUCUUCGGUUCUAAGUGUUACCUUGGCGACACUUGGAACCGACUGGACUUCUUCAUCGUCAUGGCAGGGAUGAUGGAGUAUUCUCUGGACGGACACAACGCCAGUCUGUCAGCUAUCAGGACCGUACGCGUUCUGCGGCCGCUCCGGGCAAUCAACAGAGUCCCUAGUAUGCGUAUCCUGGUGACUCUGCUCCUAGACACUCUCCCCAUGCUGGGUAACGUCCUGCUCCUCUGUUUCUUCGUCUUCUUCAUCUUCGGCAUCGUCGGCGUGCAGCUGUGGGCGGGGCUACUGAGAAACAGGUGCUUCAUGGGAGAAGACUUCAGAACGCUCUAUAACCUGUCAUUGAGUGUGUACUACCAGCCGGAGGAGAGCGAGGAGGACCCCUUCAUCUGCUCAGCAAUUCGGGAGAACGGAAUGUUGCGUUGCCAUGACGUCCCGCCCUACAGCGAGGGAGGGGCCGAGUGCUCGCUGCCCGCGCCCUCUCUUGGCGGGGAGGGCGGGGCCAGAGACGGCUGUGUGAACUGGAACCAGUACUAUAACGUCUGUCGGCCCGGCAACGUCAACCCUCACAAAGGAGCGGUGAACUUUGACAACAUAGCCUACGCAUGGAUAGCCAUAUUCCAGGUGAUAACCCUGGAAGGCUGGGUGGACAUCAUGUACUACGUUAUGGAUGCUCACUCCUUCUACAAUUUUAUAUAUUUUAUAUUCCUCAUCAUAGUGGGCUCUUUCUUCAUGAUCAACCUGUGCCUGGUAGUCAUAGCGACCCAGUUUGCGGAGACGAAGCAGCGUGAGAACGCGUUGAUGCGCGAGCAGCGAGCGCGUUACAUGUCCAACGACAGUACUCUGGCCAGCUACAGCGAACCGGGAUCCUGCUACGAAGAGAUGCUGAGAUACGUUUCACACCUCUACCGUAAACUGAUCCGACGAGUACAGCGCAUGUACACAACCUGGCACAGUAAGCGUCGUAAGAAGGUGAACCCUAACGGAGGAGGAAGUGGUCCGGGGGUCGGCCGCAGAACAUCCGGAAACGCUCCCUGGCUCCGCCCUGUACACAACCUGCUGCAACAUCACCAGCGCCACCACUGUCGGCACAGCAACGGAGGACACACCCCCGUAGCAACAGGUGGGGAGGAGCUGGAGAUGAGGUCACUUCCUGUCCCUUGUCGUGACCCCUCUGUGACCCCUGGGCUGGGGUCGUCUCUCCUGGGUCGUCUGAACGGAGGAAUGAACUACCCCACCAUCCUGCCCUCCUUCGUCUGCAGCUACCGCAGCUUCACCCCCAAGCCCAUCCCCACACACCCCCACAAGCCCCUCCCCACACAGCCUCACAUUCCCACACACCCCCACAACCCCCUCCCUUACAGCCCCCUCUCCAGACACCCCCACAGCCCCCAACCCACACAACCCCACAUACCCCUCCCCACACAGCCCCAGAGGCCCCUCCCCACACAGCCCUCGCCCCUCUCAGAAAACAGUCCGGACCCCCUCAGCAAGCUGCAUCAACUCAUGGGACAGCACAGCCGUCCUCGGCUGCUGUACCAGCUGGCUGGCGUGGUGCCCUCCCCUCUCCUCCUGGAGCUGUUGGGCUGCCCGCUGUGUGCCCGCGCCCUAGAGGGCAUGGAGCUGGACCUGAGCGACCUGGAGGGGUCUAGGGGAGAGGCCCACACCCUGCACGUCUUCCCCCAGGGAGGAGAGGGGCGCGGCGGGCGUGGGAGGCGCCGGCGGAAGGCAGGGCUGGGGGCAGGGCUGGGGAUCGGGGUGAAGAGGGCCAGUAACAGGCUGCUGGAUCUGGGGACAGCAUUCAGAGACAGACUGAAACGCAUCGUAGACAGCAAGUACUUCAACAGAGGGAUCAUGACCUCCAUCCUCAUCAACACUCUCAGUAUGGGGAUAGAAUACCAUCAACAGCCGGUGGAGUUGACUGAUAUCCUGGAGAUCAGUAACAUCGUGUUCACCUGCAUGUUCCUCCUGGAGAUGAUGUUCAAGCUGCUGGCCUUCCUGUCUUUCGGCUAUAUCAAGAACCCCUACAACAUCUUCCGUGUGUGUGUCAUGUGUUCCAGUGUUUGGGAGAUCGUUGGGCAGGCGGACGGCGGUCUGUCUGUCCUGCGUACCUUCCGUCUGCUGCGGGUCCUGAAGCUGGUCCGGUUCCUGCCCGCCCUGCGCAGACAGCUGGUGGUUCUGAUGAAGACUAUGGACAACGUAGCCACCUUCUGUACACUGCUCAUGCUCUUCAUCUUCACCUUCAGUAUCCUAGGCAUGCACCUGUUUGGGUGUAAAUUUAAUCAGCAGAUGGAGAACGGAGACACCAUCCCAGACCGCAAGAACUUUGACUCGCUACUCUGGGCCAUCGUUACUGUGUUCCAGAUCCUGACUCAGGAGGACUGGAAUGUGGUCCUGUAUAAUGGCAUGGCCUCCACCUCUCCUCUCGCUGCUCUCUACUUUGUGGCUCUGAUGACGUUUGGGAACUAUGUCCUCUUCAAUCUGCUGGUGGCCAUCUUGGUGGAGGGCUUCCAGGCUGAGGGUGAUGCCAACCGGGCGGACUCUGACGAUGACAAGAGGUCUGAUGACGAUGGAGAGGAGGAGAAGAAGGAGAAGGUUGGAGAGCUGGAAGACACAGAGCUGAAGAUGUAUUCUCUGAUGAUGACGGCCAACGGUCACACGGACCGCAACACUCUGGCCCCUCCAAUAACCAUCACGCGCACAGCGGCGACACCCGUGUCGACGCCCAAGAGCUCAUUGGGCCCCGAGUCCGUUCUGGGAGAGGGGCUCGUGUGUUCAGACUUCGGGGACUCUCGUCGUGGCAGCGCUGCUGCUUCCAUAGACCCCUCAGCCUACGACCAGCGCUCUCUGUCCAGCCCCGGCCAGCACUCGCCGCUCCCUCCCAGAGGUCAGGGUUCAGCCAGUGGGUGGGGCAGCAGGAGGUCAAGUUGGAACAGCCUCAACCGCGCCCCCAGCCUCAAACGCAGCAAAACCAGCGGAGAGAGGGAGAGUCUGCUCUCAGGGGAGGGAGGAGGAGAGGAGGAAGAGGGGGCCUUAGAGCUGCUACAGGUGUCCUCUCUGGGCCCGUCUGUAACAGGGGAGUACGGGGACUGUAACGGGAGGAGUCUUCAUCACAUGACCUAUGACCCCAACAAGGACCUUUCACCUGACGAUGACAUGGAGGAGGACAACCUGUGGUUCCGGGUCAGGAGAACGCUGCAGAGCCACAAGCCACGCUGGUGUAGAGAACAUGAAGACUGGAACCUCUACCUGUUCUCCCCUCAGAACUCGUUCCGUGUGUGGGCUAAGGGGAUGAUCUCUCAUAAGAUGUUUGAUCACGUGGUCCUCCUCUUCAUCUUCCUCAACUGCAUCACCAUCGCUCUGGAGAGACCCGGCAUUCUGCCUCACAGCACCGAGAGAGUGUUUCUGAGUGUCUCCAACUACGUGUUCACUGUCAUCUUCCUGGCUGAGAUGACUGUCAAGGUAAUACUCUGUUUCAGUCUGGGGUUCUGCUGGGGUAAACAGAGCUACCUGAAGAGCAGCUGGAAUGUUCUGGAUGGGAUCCUGGUGUUUGUCUCUCUGGUGGACAUCCUGGUUUCUCUGGCCUUGACUGGAGGGAACCGCAUCCUGGGAAUCCUCAGAGUACUACGACCUCGCACACUACGACCUCUCAGGGUGAUCAGUCGAGCCCCAGGGCUGAAGCUGGUAGUGGAGACUCUGAUCACGUCUCUGAGACCCAUCGGGAACAUCGUCCUCAUCUGCUGCGCUUUCUUCACUGUGUUUGGAAUACUGGGAGUACAGCUGUUCAAGGGUAAAUUCUACCUCUGUGAAGGCCUGGACACCAGAAACAUCACCACCAAGUCAGACUGUCUGCUGGCCAACUACCGCUGGACACGCAGGAAAUACAACUUCGACAACCUGGGACAGGCGCUGAUGUCUCUGUUCGUGCUGUCCUGUAAGGAUGGAUGGGUCAACAUCAUGUAUGAUGGCCUGGAUGCAGUGGGAGUAGACCAGCAGCCGGUGAGGAACCACAACCCGUGGAUGCUCCUCUACUUCAUCUCCUUCCUCCUCAUCGUCAGUUUCUUCGUCCUCAACAUGUUCGUGGGUGUGGUCGUGGAGAACUUCCACAAGUGUCGUCAGGACCAGGAAGAGGAGGAGCAGCGGCUACGGGAAGAGAAGAGGCUCAAAAUCCUGGAGAAAAAGCGCAGGAGUAAGGAGAAGGAUGGUGCCGAGGCCCAACAGAGACCCUACUAUGCAGACUACUCCCCUGUGCGUCUCACCAUCCACACGUUGUGCACCAGCCACUACCUGGACCUCUUCAUCACCAUCAUCAUCGGCAUCAACGUCGUCACCAUGAGCAUGGAGCAUUACAACCAGCCACAGUAUCUAGAGGAGGCUCUGAAGUACUGUAACUACCUGUUUACCUGUAUCUUCAUCAUCGAGACCCUGCUGAAACUAGUGGCCUUCGGACUGCACAGGUUCUUUAAAGACAGGUGGAACCAGCUGGACCUGGCCAUAGUGCUGCUGUCCAUCAUGGGCAUCACUCUGGAGGAGCUGAAGAUGAACGCAUCGCUACCCAUCAACCCCACCAUCAUCAGGAUCAUGAGAGUCCUGAGGAUCGCUAGAGUGUUGAAGCUGUUGAAGAUGGCUACAGGGAUGAGAGCUCUUCUGGACACGGUCAUGCAGGCCUUGCCACAGGUGGGGAAUCUGGGUCUGCUCUUCAUGUUGCUGUUCUUCAUCUACGCAGCACUGGGAGUUGAGCUGUUUGGGAAACUGGAGUGUAACGACAGUAAUCCGUGUGAGGGUCUGAGUCGCCACGCCACCUUUGAGAACUUUGGGAUGGCGUUUCUCACGCUGUUCAGAGUCUCUACUGGGGACAACUGGAACGGCAUCAUGAAGGACACGCUGCGUGAGUGUCGUCCAGAGGAGCGCUCCUGUCUGACCUACCUUCCUCUGAUGUCUCCGGUUUACUUUGUGACCUUCGUCCUCAUGGCCCAGUUCGUGCUGGUCAACGUGGUGGUGGCGGUGCUGAUGAAACACCUGGAGGAGAGCAACAAGGAAGCCAAGGAGGAUGCAGAGAUGGACGCCGAGAUCGCGCUGGAGAUGGAGAGAGCUAGACGUCUUAGCUCCGCCUCUAACGAGUCGGCGCUAGGCGGGGCCUACGUGGGGCCACGCCCACACUCACCUGGUCAGGAGGAGGAGGGUCAGUGCAGCCAGGAGGAGGAGCUCCUGUCCCCAAGGAAGAUGUCCGUAUCCAGGAUGCAUUCUCUCCCUAACGACAGCUACAUGUUCCCUUCUGUACGAUCUGCCAGCGCCCCUACCCUCUACAGGAACACAGCAGCCCCCUGCACCAAGCCUCAGGUACACAGCAGCCCCCUGCCCUCUACAGGAACACAGCAGCCCCCUACCCUCUACAGGAACACAGCAGCCCCCUGCACCAAGCCUCAGGUACACACACUCUUAUUUAGGGUUACAAAGGGGAGGGUGUAUUACCGGCAACUUCUAAUGUUCAAUGAGGUUCUAAGACUAACUAGAGUGUUCUAUAAUCUACAGUGAGGUUCUAAGACUAACUAGUGUUCUAUAAUCUACAGUGAGGUUCUAAGACUAACUAGAGUGUUCUAAGACUAACUAGAGUGUUCUAUAAUCUACAGUGAUGUUCUAAGACUAACUAGAGUGUUCUAUAAUCUACAGUGAGGUUCUAAGACUAACUAGAGUGUUCUAUAAUCUACAGUGAGGUUCUAAGACUAACUAGAGUGUUCUAUAAUCUACAGUGAGGUUCUAAGACUAACUAGAGUGUUCUAUAAUCUAUAGUGAGGUUCUAAGACUAACUAGAGUGUUCUAUGAUCUACAGUGAGGUUCUAAGACUAACUAGAGUGUUCUAAGACUAACUAGAGUGUUCUAUAAUCUACAGUGAUGUUCUAAGACUAACUAGAGUGUUCUAUAAUCUACAGUGAGGUUCUAAGACUAGAGUGUUCUAUAAUCUACAGUGAGGUUCUAAGACUAACUAGAGUGUUCUAUGUUCUACAGUGAGGUUCUAAGACUAACUAGAGUGUUCUAUAAUCUACAGUGAGGUUCUAAGACUAACUAGAGUGUUCUAUAAUCUACAGUGAGGUUCUAAGACUAACUAGAGUGUUCUAUGAUCUACAGUGAGGUUCUAAGACUAACUAGAGUGUUCUAUGAUCUACAGUGAGGUUCUAAGACUAACUAGAGUGUUCUAAGACUAACUAGAGUGUUCUAUAAUCUACAGUGAUGUUCUAAGACUAACUAGAGUGUUCUAUAAUCUACAGUGAGGUUCUAAGACUAGAGUGUUCUAUAAUCUACAGUGAGGUUCUAAGACUAACUAGAGUGUUCUAUAAUCUACAGUGAGGUUCUAAGACUAACUAGAGUGUUCUAUGUUCUACAGUGAGGUUCUAAGACUAACUAGAGUGUUCUAUAAUCUACAGUGAGGUUCUAAGACUAACUAGAGUGUUCUAUGAUCUACAGUGAGGUUCUAAGACUAACUAGAGUGUUCUAUGAUCUACAGUGAGGUUCUAAGACUAACUAGAGUGUUCUAUGAUCUACAGUGAGGUUCUAAGACUAACUAGAGUGUUCUAUAAUCUACAGUGAGGUUCUAAGACUAACUAGAGUGUUCUAUGAUCUACAGUGAGGUUCUAAGACUAACUAGAGUGUUCUAUGAUCUACAGUGAGGUUCUAAGACUAACUAGAGUGUUCUAUGAUCUACAGUGAGGUUAACUAGAGGGAUCCUGAGUCAUUAGCCAUUGAUCCUGACUCUCAGUUCCAUUACACAUAAGAGUCAUUAGCCAUUGAUCCUGACUCAGUUCCAUUACACAUAAGAGUCAUUAGCCAUUGAUCCUGACUCAGUUCCAUUAUAUUACACAUAAGAGUCAUUAGCCAUUGAUCCUGACUCUGUUCCAUUACACAUAAGAGUAAUUAGCCAUUGAUCCUGACUCUCAGUUCCAUUACACAUAAGAGUCAUUAGCCAUUGAUCCUGACUCUCAGUUC